CUGCCAAAUUAUUUACCUAGCAGGACGAGCAAAAGGACGAGCGAGAGGGGCAGCACCAGGGCCAAAAGGGCGACGGCCACGUCCCUGGCCACGCCCACGAGCGCCUCCAUCCCCGCAAGUCAGGGAGCACUGCUCAUUGCAAAUGCUGCAUUUUGCGCGAUAAUUAUCACACUUUUCUUUCAACGAACGCGCAGCCAAGGCCAGGGUUUUCUUUCUUUCUUCUUUCAACAGCUGGCAAAUGGCAAAAUAGUUGAAUGGGUGCGCAGAGCAAGCGACACCGCACGGCACCGACGAGAAUCAAAUCCACUUCGAUCUCGAUCGGCGCAAAAACCACGCGUUGAAAUUGCAUUGAAGAAAAUGUAAAUGUGAUUUUUGUUAUUUUUUACAAAAUAUUUGAGCAAAAAAUAAUUAUGGGACAUUCCAGAUUGUACUGAAUCGCAUUAGAUGCAGAUUUAUAAAUUUUCAAAAUGUUACCGUCGUAAAUUUCAAUGGAGCAACCAGCUGAAGUUUCCUGUUGAACUUUAUGUUACGCAAAACAGUUCCAAUUCCAUCAGAUCGCAUCUGUUUCCCGCACGCCGUGGACGCACAGAGCGCUCCAGAAAAAAGAUGAUUAUGAAUUUCAAAUUUUUAAUUUUCAUCUUGACGAUGUUUCUAUCUGGUGCUGAGGCUCAGAAAAAGCCUUUGGUGAAGGCUUGCGUUGCGUCAAUCACCACUUCCAGCACUUUCAAAGGAACCAUUUGCAAAGGAACAUUAAUUUUCGAGGACCUGUUCAACACAAUAGACCCGCUCAAGUGGACCAACGAGGUCACCAUGGCGGGUGGAGGGAACAACGAGUUCCAAGUUUACUGGAACGGUUCUGUGGCACCGAAAAACGCGUCAGUCAACACCGUCGUCACAAGCGGCGUUCUUGGCAUCAGGCCCUACUUCCUGUCCCAGGCCUACAGCGAGGCCUUCCUGUCCUCCGGAAACCUCAACCUUGGCAAAUUUUGUACCGCGAGUUGGAACAACGGCUGCAACAGAACGGGCACCACCAGCCUCAUCCUCCCUCCCAUCACCUCUGCCCGGCUGCAUACCAUUGACACUUUCAAUUUCAAAUAUGGGAAAGUUGAGGUUCGAGCAAGAUUGCCUGCAGGAGACUGGAUUUGGCCAGCAAUUUGGAUGAUGCCGAAAAAGAGCGCGUAUGGCCAGUGGCCGCGCUCUGGUGAAAUCGACAUCAUGGAGUCUCGCGGCAACCGCGACCUGGGCUCCUUCAACGGCGGCAAGAACAUCGGCGUUGAGCUGUCGUCUUCGACCAUGCACUGGGGUCCCGACCCCGGCAACAACAAGUUCAUGAAGACCAGCUGGGAAAAGAGCACGGCCAAGGGAAUGGGCUACGACAAGGAUUUCCACCUGUACCAAGUCGAGUGGACCGCUGACUACGUCAAGUUCAGCAUUGAUAAUAAUGAGACGGGCCGCGUGACCCCUCCGGCUGGUGGUUUUUGGCAGCUUGGAAAUUUCAGCUCCUCUUUAACUAACCUCUGGGCCAACGGAACAAAAAUGGCUCCAUUCGACCAAGAAUUUUUCUUGAUCUUAAACGUCGCGGUUGGAGGCACUUCUGGCUUUUUCCCUGACGGAAUUUCCAACCCCAAACCUAAGCCCUGGAGCAAUGCAUCACCAAACACUGCUUUUAAAGAUUUUUGGAGUAAGCGCGCUGAUUGGGAACCGACUUGGAUGACAGACGGCACAACUGCGCUCAAAAUUGAUUAUGUCCGGGUUUGGGCAAUAUAGUAAAAAAUCUGACAAAUCAAAAAAAAUUAGGAAUAAAAAACUUUCAUCUUGAAUGUCUGCAAAAUCAUGUGAAAAUAGUAAAUAAAUUAAAUGCACAAUUCGUCAUUUUGCUCUAC